GGCAGCGGACCAAUCAGCGGCCGCGUUGUUCAGCCUCAUCCAAUCAGAGCCGCUGUUGAUGUGACGUGGAGGUGGGCGGGUCCGCGCGUGUCUCGUCUGGAGUUGGAUUCAGGUUGUGGAUUCAGGUUUGGUAACAUCAUUCCCGGUCGUGGAGCUGCGGUGUGCAGCAGCUGCAGCGGGACGGGAUGGGGGGCAACAGCCCGAGCCACUUUUCCGAGGAGGAGGAAGCCGGAGGGCUCAGUUUUUUGGAGGGGAUUCGGCUCUCGGACAGAAUCAUCGACCGGAUGAAACAUUCGUCAAAAGUCACGUGCCCUCAUAUCUCACCCAAACCACCUCCACCUGUGGUCACCCCGGUUCCUCCACCACCUGAGGAACACUCACCUCUUCUGACUCCUCCUCCUGUUCCUCCUCCUCCUCUUCCUCAGGAAGCCACACCCCAACCACCUCCACCGGUGGACAUUUCUCCUGUAAAACUCGCCGCCCCUCCUCCAGUGAAGUUUCAUUCCCUUCCCCCAGCCUCUCUGGAGCUAGAAACUCCUCCACCUGUGGAGCCGGCUGUCCUUCCUCCACCUGUGGAGCCAGAAACUCCUCCACCUGUGGAGCUGGCUGUCCUUCCUCCACCUGUGGAGCCGGUUGUCCUUCCUCCACCUGUGGAGCCGGCUGUCCUUCCUCCACCUGUGGAGCCAGAAACUCCUCCACCUGUGGAGCCGGCUGUCCUUCCUCCACCUGUGGAGCCAGAAACUCCUCCACCUGUGGAGCGGGCUGUCCUUCCUCCACCUGUGGAGCCAGAAACUCCUCCACCUGUGGAGCUGGCUGUCCUUCCUCCACCUGUGGAGCCGGUUGUCCUUCCUCCACCUGUGGAGCCAGAAACUCCUCCCCGUGUCUCUGCUCCCCCAUCACCUCCAUCCCCAGCUUCUUCAGUGGUCGUAACACAUACGGAGCCUGAAUCUCCUCCUCCGUCUCCUGCUCUGGAGGCAGAAGCCCCGACCACGCUGCAGACAGCAGAACCGGUCAACCAACCACUGACCCUCCCUUCAUCUACGGAGGCGUCUGCUGUUGCUGCCGAGCCUCUUGAAGCUGCCGCCUCCUCACCCUCACCUGUGGGUGCUUCUCAGCUUCCUCCCGAGGUUGAAAUCCCACAGCUAGAAGCAGUAAUCCCUGCUGAAGCAUUUCCUCCAGCAGAGGCGCCUCUCGUGGAGCCUGUAGUCUCAACUGCUGUACUUGAGACAGCGCCUCCAGAUGAGGCUUCGGCUGCAGAUUUGAUGCCACCUCCAGCUCCUGCAGAGCCCGCUGCAGCACCCGUUGCAGCAUCCGUUGCAGCAUCCGUUGCAGCAUCCGUUGCAGAGCCCAUUGCGGAGCCCGUUGCAGAGCCCAUUGCGGAGCCCGUUGCAGCACCCGGUGCAGCACCCGUUGCAGCACCCGUUGCAGCACCCAUUGCUGCACCUAUUGCAGCACCCGUUGCAGCGCCCCCCACAGACCCAUUUUUGGAGGAAACCUCACCCCCCUCUCUGUGUGAGGCGGUGUCUCUUAUUCCCACUGAAAGGCUCGUAGAUGAACCCUUCUCGGAGCCGGCAGCACCGCCUCCUCCUGAUCCAGCUCCACCUGCGGAGGAGUUCACCAUGGACACAUCUCUGCCUUCCUUUAUUGAGGAUGAAUCGCCCGUUACAGCAGUGUUAGCGGCUGCAGGCGCGGCCCCGUCUGUUUCUCCUGAAGUGAUGGAGGAGGAGCUGAGGCGGGAAAUCAAAGCAGAGAUGCAGAGAAGUCUGGAAGAGGAGAUGAAGCAGAAGAAGCAGGAGCUUCAGCGACAGCUGGAUGAGUUGAAGGUUGUGGCAGAAGCAGAGGCCCUCGCCGCCGCUCAGGCUCAGGUGGAAGAGCAGGUGAAGAAGACCCUGGAGGAGGAGAGGGCGGCUUACAUGGAAAAGCUGGUGCAGUCCGUCGCCAAAGAGCGAGUGAACACGGACGACGAGAGGCUCCUGGUCCAGCGCUACGCUCAUCAGCUGGAGGAGAAAGAAAACGAGUUGAAGAAGAGAGACGCGCUCUACCAAGAGCAUGUUGCAAAAAUGGAAGCCAAGUGUGGAGACUUUUACCGAGCAUCUGCUGAGGGUUUCAAGAAAGGCAAAGAGGACACUCAUAACCGCUUUAAGCGUUUUAAUAUCCAGCCCGUAUGUGGAGACUUGCAGGGCCAGAUCUUGAAGUGCUAUAAGGAAAACACCGGAAAGACUCUGACCUGCUCCGGUAUCGCCUCGGCCUACAUGCAGUGUGUGGAUAACGCCAAGAAAAAUAAAUUGACCACGGGGGGUUAAUGUGGACCAACUGAAGAGGGCGACAGCGGUCCUGCUGCAGCACAAAACUGGACUGAAAUCAAGAAACCGGCAUAUUGCAGGAGUCAAAGACGAGCCAAAUUCAGCCCAGCCUGUGCCUGAAGCAGUGCCAUAUGCCCGCAGACCUGGAUGUGUGCUGUUCUUUCACGGUUUAGCUUUAAGUAACAAGACACUCAAUAUCAUUCACUGUAAAACCAGCUGUGCCAGUUAGGUAGCAAAAUGGAUUCAAUAAUGCCGGUGUGGAGAGAUUAAAUUCACUUUUCAGUUUAAUGUAUGUGUGCCUUGAAGAGAUGAAAGCUGUGUAAACUAUGCAUGAAAUACCUUUUAAGGGAGGAGGUUGUUAAACUGUACAAAGAAGGGAAACGCAUCAAUAAACUUUGAGUGAGAUUAGUGUAUAAUUUAAGGAAAGACUAGUGUGGUCUCUGUUCUUGAGUUUUGUUUUUUUCUGUAGGGGAGCAC